AUGAGAAGGUAUAUUUACGACCUCGAUGAAGCUACGCUCAGUAAGUGGAAACUACUUCAGUUUGACCUGAAUACGCUUGAAGUGAAAAGCAAUACCGUUGCAAAGUUUGGCCACGAAAACUUCUCUUCACCCAAGCAUGAUAUGGAGUAUUACCAUUCAGACUGCUAUCGUUUUAAUCUCAAGCGAAAGGUAUUAGGAUUACCUGAAUUGACCGAGGAUGAGUUUAAUGAUUUGAUUGAAAACGAACUGAUUGAGUCACUACUGGGUCUGGAGCUGGAGCUGGAGGGGGAAGCUGAAGUUGACCGCGUUGAACUUGCUAUUGCAAAGCUUUCAGCAAAUCAUCAUGACGAGGAAGUAUCCGAAGUAAGCCACCUUGCGAGCAAAACGCCAUUCAUAAUGUUUACAGACCCAGAAUUAGAGAAAGAUGAGGCUCUUGCGAUCUACAAAGCAAACUUUCUGCCGAAACAGCUUGAUGAUCCGAAGAGAGCGUUGGCGGAAUUUUCGGCUAAGCCAAUCAAGGAUGGGAAGCUGGCUGUUUUCAUGAUUGGCGGUGGUCAUUUUGCAGGAGCGAUUAUCAACCAUAAGCUCAAAGACAUCAAAGGUAUGACGCCAUCGAGUCAAAAGGAACUGAAGCAGGAAAUGCUCGUCGAUGUGCUAAAGUCUAAAACAUUCCACAGGUAUACUGUUCGUAAAAAGCAAGGCGGCUCUCAACUGAGUAGUGAUAAUGCCAGAGGUAAGGCAAAUUCAGCGGGGCUGAGCAUUCGCCGUUAUAAUGAGCAAGCACUUAUCAAAGAAAUUCGCGAGUUGUUGGUUGAAUGGAAAGACGAUUUGGACGAAUGCCAUUCUAUUUAUUUGAGAGCAAAUGGGGCGUCCAAUCGCAAAAUUUUGGUUUUUGAGGACGGCGUUUUACGACCCGGAGACGAGCGAAUUCGGAAUUUUCCUUUCACCACUCGAAGAGCGACAAAAUCCGAACUCAAGCGUGCUUGGACCAUUUUGCUGUACACUCAUUUGGUGAACACCCCCAAAGUCAGUCAAAAGAAAGACCCCGCACCGGAUAAGUCUCAGCUGCCGACUCCUUUGAGAACUGCUCCAGACUCUGUGGAGGACACCCAGCUGAAAGAGUUAGUUCAAUUGUUAAGGAAGCAAAAGGCUCCGAAGCUUUUGGCGUAUCUCAAAUCAAACCAACUCGACGUUAACACCUUUCGUUUCUCCCCAGAAAAACAGUAUGUGCACUAUCCAACAUUAUUACAUUACGCUGCUUCGAACAACUUAACGCACAUGGUCUACACUCUUCUUGUCAAUCUUUCGGCCGAUCCCACCAUCAAAAAUUUGCAGGGUAAAACAGCUGCAGAGAUUUGUACCUCAGCGACCCAUGACAUGUUUCGCGUUGCUCGUGAUAAAUUAGGUGAGGCGAAAUGGAAUUGGGAUACUGCAAAUGUAGGACAGCCGAUCUCUAGGGAAGAAUUGGAGAAAGAAAAAAGAUCAGAGCAAGAUCGAGUGAAGCAAGAGAAGCAGCAAGCUAUCAAAGAGUCUAUUGCAGUAAAAACUGAACUAGAGAUGAAAAAACCAACUAUUAGAUCGAGUGGCAAAUUAACCGGUUCUUAUACCAAAGUUGACGAAUUGCUGGGGCUCUCGGAAGCCCAACGUAUGUCGUUGAUGAGGGAGCAAAGGGCAAGAGCAGCCGAAGAGCGCAUUAGGAAGAGUCAACAAAGCAGAUAG